AUUAUAAUUUCAGCCUUUUAUUGGCAUGGUGUUCUAUCCCUCUCAAUUAUUGAAUGGUUAUGAGCUAUGCGUUCUAGAUCCAUAAAGGACACAUGUUAGGCUUUAAUGGGGAGCUACAUUAAGUGCUGUUCAUUAUUGCAGUGUGUAGUAGCUCUUUUCUCUUUUGACCCCCCCGUUGUGUGUCUCUUCCUCUGAUUCUUCCCCUGGCGCCAGUCAGUUUGCUCAGAGAUUACAUGUCAGGUCAACACUGCAAGGGGUUAUUUGUUGCUUAUAGGGACCAGACUUGAGGGUUUUCAAUGCUUUACAAUAUUGUCUUCCAAUUACAUGCAGUCUGAUAAAUGAUAUAUAUUUGGAACAAAUUGUUAAAAUCACGAUGUAUCCUAUUUCACAUCGACGAAAAAGAGGAAUUGGUGUGAGAAAAAAAAUAUAUGAGCCUUAAAUACAACCCAAUAAUCCCGUAUAUUAUAUAAUAAGCCUGGUUAUAUUAUAUAACAUGCCUGGUUGUGAAUUUAAGGUGGCUAUAUACUCACAGGCUGGAUCAUUAUUUCAGUUCCCUUUGAGCAUUUCAUCAUUUCGAGCUAAUUUGGACUUUCUUUCUUGUCCCUUUCUUUCUGGUGGGGAAAAAUGAUGCUUAAGAAGCAUAAAUGAGGCGGCCACACAACUUCAUUGUGCCUCUUUGAUGAUACUCGGUGGCCCUUGUGUCUGUUCAAAGUGCUCUCAAAGUUUUCUAGAAAGAGUGGAAUUCCCCACUGACGCAAAAUAGUCAUAUGUGGUUAGAUCAGCUGAUCCGCACAACAUAAUGGGUUAUUCUCACCUGUUUAUGGCUGUCAGAAAAGACAUAACCGCAUAUGUGUGGUGCAUCGUUUUAUUCACACAUAAGCAGCUUUAUAGGGAGCAAUGUGUAUCUGCGUGAAUUAUUUCCCUAAAAUGUCAAUGAGUUAUUGUUUGAUGGUUUAGCAGCUUUGCUCCGCCCCCUGUGUUUGUCGUAAACCUGGCUCCUGGCUCCAAUAAACCCGGGCUAAGAGCGCCCUGGGCUCGCCUCCUUCUCCAAGGCGAUCAAUAGGAUCUCAGGCGCUCUACAAGCACUCUCUUACGUAGACGUCCACUAAGGAGAGAGCCGAUACAACAACACGGUUGAUCUGCUCCAACACAAAAAAUCUACCUGCUUUCUGAAUCAUGUCGUUGAGCCCAAAGCACACUACGCCUUUUUCAGUGACAGAUAUUUUGAGUCCAAUCGAGGAGACCUACAAGAAGUUUAGUGCCAUGGACGGCGCAGGGAACCUAACCUCUCCACUGGGAGCCUACCGACAGCCUCAGGUGCAGACCGGCAUGCAGCAGCACUCCAUGGGCCACAACGCCGUGGCCACCACGUACCACAUGCCGCACGCCGUCUCCCAGUUCUCCCACAGCGCGAUGGGGGGAUACUGCAAUGGAAGCAUUGGCAACAUGGGAGACCUCCCGUCGUACCAGGAAAGCAUGCGGAAUAGUGCAGCAACAGGGUGGUACAGCUCCAACCCCGAUCCAAGAUACUCCACAAUUUCUAGAUUCAUGGGACCUUCCACAGGUAUGAACAUGUCCGGCAUGGGGGGUCUCUCGGGAAUGGCUGACGCGACCAAAUCCAUGCCAGUCCUCCACGCUGCGCCCAGGCGGAAACGGCGCGUCCUGUUCUCGCAGGCUCAGGUCUACGAGCUGGAGAGGAGGUUCAAGCAGCAGAAAUACCUGUCGGCGCCCGAGAGGGAGCACCUGGCCAGCAUGAUCCACCUGACGCCGACCCAGGUGAAGAUCUGGUUUCAGAACCACCGGUACAAGAUGAAGCGACAGGCCAAGGACAAGGCAACGCAGCAGCUGCAGCAGCAGCAGCAGCAACAGGACGGUAACCUGUGCCAGCAGCAGGCGCAGUCCCCGAGGCGCGUGGCCGUGCCGGUGCUGGUGAAGGACGGUAAACCGUGCCAGAACGGCUCCAACACGCCGACGCCGAACCAGCAACAGGUGCAACAGAGCCAGCAGCAGAGCCAGCAGCAGAACGGGGCCGGAGUUGUGCUCGCUUCCCCGACCAGCAGCCUCGGCCAGCACCAAAGCCAGCAGCAGGUGAACGCUUUGGACCUGGAGGAGAUGUCUCCCAGCCCCCCCUCACUGCACAGCCAGCUCAACAUGGCCCAGAUAGACACAUCUGCUGUAGAUUACACCAGUAACAUGGUGAGCUCAAACCUCCUCUACGGCAGAACGUGGUAGGACUGAAAGCAGUACUGUCACUUUUUCUAUGUGAACCUGCGGAUGAGCCCAUGCAAGAAUACAUACAUUUAAAUAUAUCUAUAUCUAUAUAUACAUUUAUAUAUAUAAUAUGUGUGUAUAUAUAUAUAUGCAUAUAUAUGUAUGUGUAUUCAGACACGCACAUAUGAACACAACAUAUGAAGGCUGAUACCGUGGGCCCUUUGCUUUGGAGGAGACGAGGCGCACAGAGGCGCACCAGCUGAUCAGGGCACAUUUUCUUGACAUCUCUGAGAGGGGAGUCUAUUUUUGAACAUUACAGAAAUGGCUGCCCUUGAAAGCAAUUACGUCGUUUCUGGACCUUUUGUAAUCCAUGUUUUGGACCUUCCUCAUGAUGUUUUAAACGUAGUCUAUGUUGUUGAAACGAAAAGGAAUGCUGCUUCACUUGUUCGGACCGGGGGAGGGGAAAGGUGGGAUCAGGUUUGAAGUAUAAGCCACCACUUCUUAUUUACGGGGAUAACCUGAUAUUUUAUCAUAUUAAUAUUGUAAACUAAUGUAUUCCUUUAGACUUAUUAAAUAAAGUAGGGAAUUGUAUAUCUGGCUAACACACAAGAAUGCGGUUAACUGUGUAAUAAUAAUCGUUAUUGCGUCCACUUCUAUGUUUUCUUUAUUCUUUUGUAAGUUAAAAAGGAACAAAUGCGUGAUGGCUGCUGUAUAUGUUUCAAAAACCAAGUGAACGUUAACAAUAAAUAACUUGAAGUGUGA